AUGUUUGCACAGAACUUCAAUCCCAACCCAGAGGACCCCAACAAAGCAGGUGACAUCAAGAUGCCCACAGCAGACGAUCAGGAGAAGAAGCAAAAGGAGCGUGCAAGACUAUUGACAGAGUUCCUGCUCACAUUCAUCGAUCCAUACGUCAAGGGCACAAUUACAAAGAACAUGUUUGAGGACAAGGUCAAGGAGAAAGCAAUGGAGAUGGAGCAAGGCCCUGGUGGUGCAGAGUUAUUAUCAUUGCUUGGAUACGUAUACGUUCAAGAGGCCAAGCAGCAUUCAAUGUUUGGAUUCAUCUUUGAGAUUAGUGAGAAGGGACAUAGAGCUGGAGAGGUGAUGUCUGUCGUCAAGUCUGCCGUCAAGAUGCAGAGCCAAGUCAACACAAUGUCCAAGAGUCCGGAUGCAUCAGUCGACAGCCAAUCGGAAUCAUUGAUCAAGGAGGGACUGGACCUCAUCUGGAAGAUGGGUCGUCUGGACAUUGACACAGCGGUCAGACUGGUGUGCGAGGAGAUCAUGUCCAAGAAGAACUCAGAGUCCAAGGUGAGGAAGCUACGUGUAGAGGCCAUCAAGACACUUGGUACCAUCUUUGAGAAGGUUGGAAACGAAAAGAAGCGCAAAGGCAAUGGUGCAGACGACCUUUUGAAUAUGGCCAGGCCUCCACCCUCA